AAGAAAAUACAUGUCAUAACCAAACAACAACAAAAAUGAAGCCUCUUUCCUCUCUCUUCCUUCCUCUUUCCCUAUUUCUCUCCUUAUUUUUCCAUGGCUCAAAAGGCCAAAAUUUAAUCCAAAACACUUGUAAAUCAUGUUCAAAAGAUGAUCCAAAUAUUAAGUAUGAGUUUUGCACUUCAUCUCUACAAGCAGCUCCUGCGAGUCAAUGUGCUACUCUCCGUGGCCUUGGAAUGAUUUCGAUUAGAUUAAUUCGAUAUAAUAUUACUGACACGAGGUGUCACGUUAAGAUAUUAUUGAAGGACAAAAUAUUGGAUCCUUAUGUUAAGAGUUGUUUGAGUGAUUGUUUGGAGCUUUAUUCAGACGCGAUUCCAUCUAUCAAGCUUGCUAUGAAGAGUUAUAAUUCGAAGAAAUAUUAUGAUGCGAAUAUACAAAUAAGUUCAGUUAUGGAUGCCGCUACGACAUGUGAAGAUGGAUUUAAGGACAAAGAUGGUGUUGUGUCACCAUUAACAAAGUUAAAUGAAAAUACUUUUCAAUUAUCUGCAAUGGCACUUUCUCUUAUGAAUCUUAUUAAGAAUAAUAAUAAUAAUAAUAAUAAUAAUAAUACUAAUGGGUAAAUUUGAAUGUAUGAU